UGAACCAGUACCAGCCUGGUUGGAGAGCAGCUCAGGCGGGGAGAGAAGUCUGUUAAAGGAGGGCCGCUCGAAGGAGGAAGGUGCGAGGGUUUUCUUGGAUUUAAAUGACCUGACGUGUGCGGUUAUAGAAGGAGGAAUUUUAACAAAGGAAAUGAAUAUCAUUUGGGUGUGGACGGCCAUGGCGACUGUGGAGGUUGCUGUUCUGGCCGAGCUGUCAUCAAGCAGGCAGGAUCGGUUGCCGUGCACAAAGGGCUUUUCACAAGAGGAAUAUUACACUAAAACUGAGUCAGAGAUGGCAGAGGGGCAGGCUGUGUUUAACGUGACAUUCAGAAACUGCGAUGAGGGAAAUGUCCAACUGAAGGCUGCAGAUACCUCUGCCUUCACUGUGAGUCAGGAAGGUGUAGUCUACACUCUACAACCACUGAGCCUGGGAAUGGAGGAAAAGGCUCAGGUCAUGAUCUAUGCUCAAGACCUUCAGUCCAACAGAAUUUGGCACACCAGAGUUCAUCUGGAGAUCAAUACUGCACCAGAACAGGUAAAGCCUGGUGAUACAGCACUGACUCAGCCAGUUCCAGAGGUCCUGUUUCCAUGGCAUAGCGUGGUUGUUGGUGGCGAUGGCACCAUGAGGCGGGUAAAGAGGGACUGGGUCAUUCCACCUAUCAACGUUCCUGAGAACUCAAGAGGGCAAUUCCCAGAGGAUCUAGUCAGGAUUCGUUCAGAUCGGGAUAAGAACCGGAUGCUGCGCUACAGUGUGACAGGUCCCGGUGCAGACCAACCUCCAACUGGCAUCUUCAUCAUCAACCCAAUCUCAGGCCAGCUGUCCGUCACCAAACCUCUGGACAGAGAACACAUCCCUAACUUUCAUUUACGAGCCCAUGCUGUGGAUCUGAAUGGCAACCAAGUGGAGAACCCCAUUGACAUCGUCAUCAACGUCAUCGACCAGAACGAUAACAGACCAGAGUUCACACACACCAUUUUCAAUGGUUCUGUUCCUGAAGGAUCUAAACCCGGAUCCUUUGUAAUGACAGUGACAGCAGUGGAUAAGGAUGACCCAAAAACGGCCAAUGGAAUGUUGCGGUACAAGAUACUUUCACAGAAUCCCCAAAGCCCAUCAUAUAAUAUGUUUACCAUAAACAACAGGACUGGCGACAUCGUCACUGUUGCUGCAGGCCUGGAUCGGGAGAAAGUCCCUCAGUACACCCUGAUCAUCCAGGCCACUGACAUGGAGGGAAACCCCACCUACGGCCUUUCCAACACUGCCACCACUGUCAUCAGGAUUACUGAUGUCAACGACAACCCUCCUGAAUUCACCACAGAUGCAUUCUUUGGUGAAGUUCAUGAGAACAGGGUGAAUGUUAUUGUUGCUAACCUGACCGUGACAGAUAAAGACCAGCCGCAUACGCCGGCCUGGAGGACAGUGUACCGGAUCAUUGCUGGAGACCCCGCAGGGCACUUCUCCAUCCCUACUGACCCCACCACUAAUGAGGGCUUAAUCACUGUGGUCAAGCCGGUAGAUUUUGAGUUGACCCGUUCAUACAUGCUAACCGUGGAGGCAGAAAAUGAAAUCCCAUUGGCCCGCGGCAUCCACAUCCCUCGUCAGUCCACAGCAACUGUGUCUGUGAGAAUCCUGGACAUCAACGAGAGUCCAGAGUUCAGUCCCAACCCCAAGACUAUUAAACUGGAAGAAGGUUUGCCGGCAGGAUCUUUGCUCACAACUUUCACUGCCCAGGACCCUGACCGCUUCAUGAGGCAGACUAUCAGAUACUCCAAGAUCUAUGACCCAGCCAGCUGGCUGGAUAUCGACCCAGUAUACGGAAGGAUUUCCACCAUCGCCAUCCUUGAUCGAGAGUCUCCCUUUGUCAAGAACAACCUCUACAAUGUUACUUUCACAGCUUCUGAUAAUGGCAUUCCUCCUGCCACUGGUACAGGAACCCUUCAGAUUCACCUGCUGGACAUAAAUGACAAUGCGCCUAAUGUGUUCCCUCCUGAAGUGGAAAUGUGUGAGAAACCAGAUCCAAACUCCUUAAACAUCACAGCCAAUGACCCCGACCUGACUCCCAAUGCUGGACCCUUUGUGUUUGAGCUGGCAAGUCGUCCAUCAGAUGUGCGUCGCAACUGGACCCUCAGUCGCUUGAAUGGCGAGUCCGCCCAGCUUCACCUGCGGAUCGGUUCUCUUGUCAGCGGCAUCUAUGAGCUCCCCGUUGUGAUCACAGACUCUGGCAACCUGCCCAUGUCUAACACAUCCUUCCUGAGGGUCAAGGUCUGUCCCUGUGAUCGCCAUGGAGACUGUGUGGACAUGGAGAAAAUGAUUGCCGCUGGAUUGGGCACUGGAGCUAUUAUCUCUAUCCUCAUCUGUAUCAUCAUAUUAUUAGUGCUGGUACUCCUCUUUGUGAUGUGGAUGAAGAGGAGGGAUAAAGAGCGUCAGGCCAAGCAACUUCUGAUCGACCCAGAGGACGAUGUCCGAGACAACAUCCUCAAAUAUGAUGAGGAGGGAGGUGGAGAAGAAGAUCAGGACUAUGACCUGAGCCAACUGCAACAGCCUGAUUCUCUGGAGCCAGAGUGUGUCAAAGUGGGGAUCAGACGUCUGGACGAGAGGCCCCUCCACCAUGACCACCAGUACCCCCUCCGCUCUGCUGCCCCUCAACCAGGAGAUAUAGGAGAUUUCAUCCAUGAGGGCCUUAAGGCUGCAGACCAUGACCCCACGGCUCCCCCUUACGACUCUCUGCUGGUGUUUGACUAUGAGGGGAGCAGUUCCACUGCCGGCUCCCUCAGCUCCCUGCACUCUUCGUCAAGCUGUGGAGACCAGGAUUACGAUUACCUCGGCGACUGGGGGCCACGUUUCCGCAAGCUGGCCGACCUGUACAGUGGAGGAGAUGACUAGCAUCACUGGCCCUCCAAUAAUGGAUCCCAUCCUACAGUCCUUGCUGCAAGGGUGGGUUAAAACAGAAAAUAUUGGAUUACAUUUGGGUUUUCGCUGAACACUUCCGUAUUUCAAAGGACCAGCUUGUUUCCAGGAUCUGCUGCCUCUUAAGGGCCAUCAAUCACAGCAAGGGACGAUGGUGACGCUCGGCCUAGUGAGGCCUCCCACUGAUGAGCAUCAAUGGGCUGGAUCUGAGAGUUAGCUGUUGUGCUUCUAAAUGUGUGAAGACUGAUCUCCGGCAGCCAUACUACAAAUACUCGCUGACACUUGAGUCUUACAGUACAGCAACACUGGGGUAAAAUGUGCCUUUUUGUGCAUUCUUUUGAUUGUGUUCAAGUUAUUAUGUUGAUUUAAAGUUCCUUAGGGUUUUGCAAUAGCAACUACAGGGGCAUAUCCCAUUAUGAAUGUGUGUGUAUUAAUAACCCCCUUUAUUAUUUGUAUUUAUGUCUGUGUGUGUGUGCGUGUGUGUGGGCGUGCCCUUGUGAAUGGAUGUGCGUGAGAGAGACAGAGGAAGAGAGACAGAGAGAAAGACAGAGACUGUGAAUCAUUUCGAUGAAGACACACUGGAAAGAUUAUUUAAAGGACAAAGUCUACUUGGGAUGUCUUGGAUGAUUCUACCAGCAAAACAUGGCUUUACUGUGCAGCCCUGUGUCCUAACAGCUCUAAGGAAACACAUUCAGGGUCAUUCAUGACAACAUAAUAUUCAUUUGCUGUUGGGUUUUUGUUUUGCCUUUUUUUUUAGUACUGGCACUAUUUAAAAGCAUAAUCUUUUUGUAUUUAUCUGUUAAUGGCACGAUAAAAAGCAUCAGCAUAUGAGUGAAAGUAGUUGCACCAAGAUAUUUCUAUACAACAUAUAGACAGACACAAACACAUUUUUGUCUCACUAUUUGACAUCAAAGCAGAUAAAGCCUUUACAGACGAAGGACAGUUAUAGGAUUAGCAAAAUUAUAUCUGUUCUCAGAACAAUUAGUGGAUUUUUACCUUUCUAUAGACUCAGAAGUUUAUAGAAAUUUUCUUAGGAUUUGGGAAAAUAGUGUCUUAAAAAUGUAUGAUUUGGGUCAAAUGUUUCCUUUCCAAAGUGUUGCUCAUUCCUCCAGAGAGAAAGAGGAAUUGGCAACACUCCAAACUGAACCAGGUUUGGAGACUGCCCUGCUUACCCAAACCUUGCUAUACCUAUGCAUUUUCCAUAGGAUUACCAUCAAAGCAGUGACGUUGGGGACCUUUGGUGACUUUGCAACUUAUUUGGCAACAUGCCUUGGGACAUUGUCCACUUGGAUGACCCCAGUGGACAAUGUCCCAAUCUUCAGCUCCCUUACUUAUGUCUUCAGGUGUUGCUGCAAUAUUUUUACACAAUGUUCUUUCCUUCAUUCAUGUUACAAAGUGCACCACUCCCCCCUGCAGUAAAACACCCACACAUCUAACCCAGCACUUCACAAAUGAGAUAAUGUUCUCAGGCUUUCUCGGUCUAAUAAUGUUCAUUAGGGCUGAAAGGUGUGGUCUCAUUAAACUAAGACUGUCUUAGUUUAAUGAGACCACACCUUUCCAGAAAUGUUGGUCUUUGACCCAGAGUGCAUUUGCAAAAUCCAAUCUGGCUUUUUGGGAUGUCUUUUGAAUAGUGACUUUUUCCUUAAGUGGCUUUUUAAUAUACUUGUUACCUGUUUAUCUUUGGAGCACAGAACCCAUAAUUUUGACCAUUCCCAUGGUCUUUAUUCUUGCUUGAACAGAUAAAUGUGUCUCCUUCAGGCAUCUGAAAACUGCAAAUCUUUCUGAUAUCAAAACUGAUUUUCUAGUGAUUUCUCCAUGAUGUCAAGGAAAGGAGGAUUGUUUGAAGUGUCACCUUAAAUACAUACACAGGGUUUGCCUCCAUUUAACUCAGAUAUUAACAAAUAACCAAAAUAAGCCAAAAAACCCAGAACUUUGUCACUUGGGUUUACUUCCACAUUAUCCAAAGACAUAAUAAUCUGAGACUGACAGACCCUGUAUGAUUGUUUUGCCUUAUUUUACCCCAGGUUUAUGGUUGAAAAAAAAUCAGCAUCAGUCCAGUAGUCUUAGUCAGUCGGCAGGAUGUGUUGGCUUGAAACCUUGUUAAUGUGAUAUGUGGUGAAGACUAGAGUCUGCAAGAGUGUGAGGGUAACCAAUCCCAACCAACUUCAGCUGCAGUCAAACAAAUAUUUUUAAAUUUUCAGACCUGGACGUCUAAAAAUUUAAAGUGUUGCUCAGCAACACUGAUAAAGAGAGAUUGGAACACGACUUCAAAUCGGAGUGUUUAUA